AUGACGACGGGGAGACAAGGGUGGAAGCAGACGGGAGAGAGCAAGCGACUGGAGGAGGAGAAGAGGGAGCAGGCGACUGGAGGAGGAGAAGAGGAGGGAGCAGGCGACUGGAGGAGGAGAAGAGGAGGGAGCAGGCGACUGGAGGAGGAGGAGAGGAGGGAGCGGGCGACUGGAACUAAAGAUUUGAAGUGUCCCUUUGGUCCCAUAGUUUCACUUAAGUCCAAUUCAGUGACAAGGAGCGGGCGACUGGAGGAGGAGGAGGAGAAGAGGGAGCGGGCGACUGGAGGAGGAGGAGGAGAAGAGGGAGCGGGCGACUGGAGGAGGAGGAGAAGAGGGAGCAGCGACGUUGGUUCUGUAGAAUGGACCAAGUUGCCUUUGACCAGAAGCCCUGAGGAAUUCUGCAUAAUCACAACACGCAAAGAAGGGACUCGCAAUCUAGAGAAAAGCAGAUGGCUUCAUCUGCAUAUGUUGUGGAUCACUGCUUUGAAGCUCUACACUAGCAUUGCUACUGUGCUAUUGGUUGGACAUAAGGUGGUGGGUAAGGAGCAGUUAACCCUUGUGAGUCAGAGGAACCAUAAUCUGGCAAUUCUGUCAAUCCCUGUUACUCGGAAGGUUAACUCGGGGACGUCCAAGGUGAGACUGUUGAACCAUGCUGCUCAAGGUAAUACUGAGGUUGGUUACCUCUGCAUGGUUGGGAAUAUUUGGUGUUUUAGUGAUUGGUUGAGUGGCUGACAGCAAUUAUUUUAUGUAUAAUCUUGCCUAAUUUUUCAUUGAGUAAGAGUCUGUGGUCAAACCACUUUGAAGAUCAUUAUUUAUUUUUCCUCUGAGAAUGUAUGGCUAAUAUUUCUGCAUCCUCAUGUUCUAGCAGGGAACUGGAUGUACUGAAGCCAAAGGUAUGAGGAAGCCCCAACUAUUUGAUGUGCUACUGACUGCAUCAUCGGUGGGAACCUCAUGAAUGAAGCCGUCCUGAGAUACAGAAACUCCCUAUGGAUGCCUUCAUGGGAUUGUUACCUUUGUCUCCAGGCUUCCACCUCCCUACUGCUUAAUACAGGGUUAUGUGAAGAACAGACCUGCCCCAUUCAAGUCAUACCCAUCCUCUUCUGGUGACAUGGGAAGUGGGAGCAGGAAACAGGAGCCUCCUAAGUGGAAGGGAAAUUGAAAAUAACAUUGUUCCAUUUCAUUGCAAACAUGUAACUACUUUUGGAGGUUUGAAAUGAAAGCACUGUUUUGCUUGGAG